AUGGCAGAUUUCGCAGAUAUUGAUCUAGAGUCCAUCAUCGAGCGGCUCCUCGAGGUCCGCGGCUCCCGCCCUGGAAACCACGUCCAGCUGCUCGAAAACGAGAUCCGCUUCCUCUGCACAAAGGCCCGCGAGAUCUUCAUCCAGCAGCCCAUCCUUCUCGAGCUUGAGGCUCCUAUCAAGAUUUGCGGCGACAUCCACGGCCAGUACUACGACCUUCUCCGUCUCUUCGAGUACGGCGGAUUCCCUCCCGAGGCAAACUACCUCUUCCUGGGCGACUACGUCGACCGGGGCAAGCAGUCCCUCGAAACCAUCUGCCUCCUCCUCGCAUACAAGAUAAAGUACCCCGAGAACUUCUUCAUCCUCCGCGGAAACCACGAAUGUGCUUCCAUCAACCGUAUCUACGGCUUCUACGACGAGUGCAAACGACGAUACAACAUCAAGCUAUGGAAGACCUUCACAGAUUGCUUCAACUGCCUUCCCAUUGCUGCCAUCAUCGAUGAGAAAAUCUUCACCAUGCACGGCGGUCUCUCGCCUGACCUCAACAACAUGGAGCAGAUCCGCCGCAUCAUGCGCCCUACCGAUAUCCCCGACUCCGGCUUGUUGUGCGACCUCCUCUGGUCCGAUCCCGACAAAGACAUCACCGGCUGGAGCGAAAACGACCGCGGUGUGUCCUUCACCUUUGGUCCCGAUGUCGUCUCCCGAUUUCUGCAGAAGCAUGACAUGGACCUCAUCUGCCGCGCGCACCAAGUCGUCGAGGACGGCUACGAGUUUUUCAGCAAGCGCCAGCUCGUCACCUUGUUCUCGGCCCCCAACUACUGCGGAGAAUUCGACAACGCUGGUGCGAUGAUGAGUGUCGACGAGAGCUUAUUGUGUUCGUUCCAGAUCCUGAAGCCUGCAGAGAAGAAGCCAAAAUAUGGAUAUCCCGGAAUGGGCGCCACCCCGCGAAAGCAAAAGAAGGUCUCUAAAUAG